UUUAUUUUUUGAGAAUCUCCCCUUAAUGAAUUACCCUGCAUUCGAUUUAAAAGCGUAAACUUCAAACAGCAAAAGACAAAUGACAAAGCUAAAGAAAUGUGAUUGUAAGAAUAUAAGUUUGGUUAAGAUCCUUCUGUUAGGGACGCGUAGGCAACAUGAAAUGUCUGUCGGUGAAGGAAUGUGCCUCCACACUUCAAAUUAUCAUAGCGAUGCUUUGCUUGCUAACGGUUAUGCUCUUCUCUUUCGUCAUACCAUUUCCGGAAGAUUUGAAAAUAUUUAUGUUCCAAUGCUCAAUGGCCACCACAAUGAUGCUCUGCUUGAUUUUCGGCUGUAGCAUAUGGUUUUACAAUUCGAAUUAUCAUAAAACUCGUUUUCACGUGCGCGUAUUUAUCGUUGUCGUUUUGUGGAUUACGUUUGCUUUGGAUGUCGCAACUGCGAUCCUUUGUGAUCUUCAAUUUGUCGGCAAACUCUUAUACGACUCUUUCGAACCGGAGUUUUUCGAUAAACUUGACUUUAUGUUAUUGUAUUUAGCUAUUCUUCUGGGUAUUAUAGUUAUCGUUUUACUAUUUAUUGUCAAUAUUAUAUUAACUGUUGGUGUUUGUCGCCGAGCACGAAAGGGAAAACGUGUAGGCAAAUAAAUGGAUUAGGCAAUAUCUAUGAA